GCUAUUUCCGUUUGGGUUGUUCACUGUUUCUACACUGUGGUAUACUUUACGACUUUACACCGGCGUUGUAAAGUAGUCUGUUUCCGCACAUGUUCAGCGAGAUGGCAGAUGCUAUGAGAUCAACGGUUGCGACCUUAUUGAAGGGAAUUGACAGGUACAACCCAGAGAACCUUGGAACACUGGAAAGAUAUGUAGACAUGCAAAUAAGAGAAAAUACAUAUGACUUAGAGGCUAAUCUAGGAGUGCUUAAGUUAUAUCAGUUUAACCCAGGCUACUACCAGACCAAUGUUACUGCACAGAUAUUGAUGAAAGCUCUAACUAAUCUACCACAUACAGACUUCACUUUAUGUAAAUGUCUGAUAGACACUGUCAGACAAACUGAAGAGCCUGUUAACACUGUUAUGAAGUUAGCAGAUUUACUAGAAACAUGCAGAUUUCAAGAUUUCUGGAUUUUGAUACAGAAAGAUCCAGAUGUUGUAAUGGGUGUAAGAGGAUUUGAAGAUUCUGUUAGAAAAUUUGUAUGCCAUGUGGUUGGUGCAACGUACCAAACAAUACCAGUUGAUCAUCUCACAGAACUUCUGGGUGGAAUUCCAGAUUCACAAGUCAAACAGUGGAUUAACAAAUACGGCUGGACUCUGAGUAAUGAUGGCAGUGUAUAUAUCACAAACCAGGAGGAUAACAUCAAAACUAAAAAUAUCACAGAGAAAAUCACUUUUGACAGUGUAGCAGCAAUAAUGGCAUCACAUCGAUAAUACCAAGCUGGUAGUUAAAGACACUGACUUAUUUACAUUUCUUUAUGUGAAGGUCUCUGCAUUACAUUGCUACAACUUUGGUUGUCUGUGUUCAUUUCAUUCUCAGACUAAAAAGUGCUACAUAUUUAUCUUUUCUACAAUCAGAAUUGCUGGACAUGCAGAAAUGGACAUUCAGAGGAACAGUUAAAUAUUCAAGUUAAUUUUUAAGUUAAACGUUAUUUUUUGUGGAGUAAUUUAAGAUUAACAAAAUGCAAACUUGAUGAAAAUAGAUCAUCAAUGUUUUUGAAAUACCUUCAUAGGUAACUCUUUUAGAAUACAUAAUUAUGUAAGAACUGAAAAAGAAAGGUGGUAGUGUAUCAUUCUUAUUGUAUAAAUAUUGACAACUUAA